GAGGUGGAGAUUGGAUUGAGAUUGAAAGAUCUCUCUCGGCGAUAUAGAGGAUGCCAAGCGUCAGGCAAACGAUGUGAUGGACGAGCUGCAUGAUCUACGUCGGUUUCGUGCCAACGCACUGAAAGCCGAGGAGGAUGCACAGAAUGAUCCCGAUAAGAGUGGAACAGUAUCCGACGACUACCAAGCCCUGCAAUCCAAGUUUGACGAAGCACAGACCAUCAUUCAGCAACAGAAGCGUCAGAUUGUGGAUAUCGCCGCUGACGCGAAUAGGCGGCAUAAUGAGCAGCAGAAUCAGCUGCAGGGCGUGGAAGCGCUAAUCGAAGGCAUCCGUAAAGAAUACGAGGAAUUCAUCGAAAUCACUAAACUCGAAAAUGACGCCUACCGCACCGUUCAACAAGACGAAUACAACAAACUCCGGGACGAAUUCGAAACGCACAAACGAGAACAAUUCGAAGAAAAAAAGCAGCUGAUGCAGGAGUACCAGGGUCUGCUGUACGCGAUGCAGUCGCAGUUCGACGAGUACAGGACGACCAGCGAGUUCCUGUUCAACGUGGAGGCGGCGAAGUUGGAGGACGAGCUGUCGAGUCAGGCGGCUCGGUAUGAGCAGGAGAUUAUGUAUGUCGUGCAGGCCAAGGACAAGUUUUAUGCGGACAUGAUGAUUGCGAAGGAUGCAAAGAUUAUGAGCUUGAUUGAGGGGAGCGAUUUGCAGAAUUUGAUGCAGAAGCAUGAGAUGGAUAUGGAAGCCCUCCGCAAAACCCACGCCCGCGAAAUCGACCACCUCAAAACCUCGCAAGAAAGCGAACAAAAAUCACUCGUAUCCCUCCUACAGCGUCAAAACCUUUCCCUCGAGUCCAAAUGCGACAAACUGCAAUCACAUCUCAAAACGCUUGAGACGCGGAUCAAAGAGCUCGUCGCCACCGUCGAGGCGCGGAACAAGACCAUCUCCGAUAAGGAGGACGCCAAGGGGCGGCUGGAGACGGAUUAUGCGAGGAAGGUGGAUGAGUAUAAUGCCAAGAUGGGCGUGCUGAUUCAGGAGAAGGAGCAUUUGAGGCAUAAGGUUAUCAGGAUGGCGUUGGAUGCGAAGGGAGAGGGGCAUAACUCGAUUGCGAAUAUGCUGAAGAGGAUAUCGAGGGAAACGAGCGAACUCCGGUUCGACUAUGAGGGCAUGAGCAUCAAAUACAGCUCUUUAAUGAGCGAAAACCAGCUGCUCGGCAAACGGCUAAAAGAGCGCGAGAAGUUUGCUGAGUUCCUCGAAAAGGAGGUCGCGAGACGCACGGAGGAGUACAAUAGUAUGACCCGAACGUUCGAAGACUUCCUUUCCGCACGGGCACGCCAAAACCGGAAGGACCGGGCAAGGAGGUUGAUGAAACUUCACGGGAUAGCAUCAGAAGAAGGCACAACAGAAACCAUUCCAAAGGAAUAUGUCGAUUCGCGAGGCGUAUUGCGGACGCAAGUUCCCGGGAAGGAGAUCAAAGCGAAAGGCACCAUCACAUCCUCCGUGUCCCAAAACCCGCUUCCGGCUGAAAAGGACGAACGGAGAGCGGAGCUGGAGCGGGGGUUUGCUUAUCUCCGCCGCUUCAAAACAAUAUCCCGCGCCUUCGCAUCGGGCGACUUCCGUCUCGUGCCCGCGGCCGACAGCGAUACCGCCGAGGGGACCGUGGGCAACUGGCAGAAGACGGCCCUCUACUCAAAACUGGAAUCCGCGAAUCUCGCCCUCGCACGGUUCUACAAGGAACCUCCGCGCGAUGACCUCGCGACGCAGAUCCAGCAUCCGAAGCCAUUGAAAUAUGCUGCGGCUGUCGAGGAUGAGUCGAGCAGGCCCCGCCUUCCACAACCGACCGACACAACCCUCGCACCCGGCCUCAAACUCUACGACGAAAAAGCGCACGAUGAGGCGGCCCUUAGCGGGGCGAAGACGACAAAGACCGAGGUCGUGCGAAAGGAAGAUAAACCGAUGCUGAUCGUCGGGAAGAUCCGGUAACUCUCCAUCCCGAAGGGUGGGCGCUCUUCACAUCAUUACCCUCCCGCCCGCUCGCCGGUCCUGUUUCCAUAUCCUCCCUGGCGGGCCGGCUGGCUGAGCUCGUACCCCUAGCGAUCUUGAUUUACUCCCUUCCUGCAAGUGUUACCGUUUCUGGCGGUUUGGACGGUUUCUCAUUGGGCAACGAUAAGUUGGGCUCACUCGAAACUCGCUAGGACGGGGUGUAAGGAAGGCAGAAUA